AUGUUAAACAAUUUUCAAAUCAAUAAUUUUCAAAUUAUCGAGCAGAUAGGUUCUGGUGCGUAUGGAUUAGUUUUCCACGCCAUAGAUAUAAUUACUGAGAACCACUAUGCCAUCAAGGCUGUUUUAAAAGCUUCCUCUAUAGACAAGAUAUCCACUCAAACUGAUGUUAAAAGAAGCACGGUUUUACAGAACCAGUUGUAUCAUUAUUUUAAAUCAAUGGAGAAUAAGUUAUUUUUGCCUUGUAUAGAUUUAGAUUCAAUUUUACAGUUAACCGAAGAGCAACUAAAUAGCGCACAGUAUUAUAGAGAGAUUGCUUUGCACUUAAAGGUCCAUUCCCAUAAAAAUGUGGUUACCAUACAUCAGGUCUUAGAAAGUCCAAUUGCUACUUUUAUAGUUAUGGAUUACUAUCCAGUCGACCUGUUUACCUCCAUUGUUGACCAGCAUCAUUUUGCUUCUGAUGGUAAGCUAAUUAAAAAAGUCUAUUUGCAACUAUGUUCUGUUAUCAACCAUUGUCACCAAUUAGGUGUUUAUCACUGUGAUAUUAAACCCGAAAAUGUUUUAUUGGAUGAUUUAGAUAACAUUUAUAUCUGUGAUUUUGGUUUAAGUACCACGAAAGAAUAUUUACCCUCCAAUAUCUGUGUGGGUAGCAGUUAUUAUAUGGCACCCGAAAGAUUAUCUUUGACUACUAUACCGAAUAAUGACGAUAAUGGCGAUAGUAUAAACACCUCUUUCCCGGCUGCUAGUGGUGAUAUCUGGUCACUGGGUGUCAUGUUGAUCAAUUUGACAUGUAUUCGUAACCCAUGGUUGAAAGCCGAUAAGGCCCAGGAUAACACCUUCGCUUAUUUUGUUAAAGAUCCUAAGGUUUUGAUGAAGAUUUUGCCAGUCAGUUCUUCUCUAUAUAAAAUACUGAUACAGAUCUUUAAGAUUAAUCCUUAUGAGAGAAUAAGCAUAAUGAACUUGAUCGAUGAAGUUGCAGAAUGUACUAAAUUUCAAAGGUCUGGCCCCUUGUCUAAAGUUGAUAAAUUAAGUUUAGAUGAGAUUAGGAAUUUUGUGUUGGGCGAUUAUGUGCUUCAUUUAAAAAAGCUAUUGCAUAAUUAUUAUGAUCAACAACAACAGCAACAACAGAGUCAGGGGGAGUGCGUCUACCAAGGAGAUCAUGAAGGGGGGGAAGAAGGGGAAGAAGAAGAAGAAGAAGAAGAAGAAGAAGAUAUUUAUGAUAGUAGGAGUAAUUCUGCUUUUAGUACCAGUAAAAAUGUACUUUUAAAUAACACUGCUAAUGGUACUAGCAGCAGUAAUGGUGUUAGUAACAACAACAACAUCACCACCAACGAUAAAAAUAUUAAUAAUUGCUAUAAUAACGUUGGUCCUACUGACUAUUAUUAUAAUUAUGAUGGUAGUAAUAAUGUAAUAUCCUCUGUUGACACUACUCCAAGUAUUUCUGUUAACGAGCAUAAGCCAAUUGAUAGGGAUUAUAUUAACUGUUUUUUUAAUAAUAUUAGCAAUAAAAAUAAGGUCAUCUACAAUAACGAAAAUGGCAACAACAAUAUUUCAGACCUCAAUCAGUUCAAGUUGGAUUAUUUGCAAUUCAACUUUUCUACACAGACAAAUCUUUCGAGUAAAAGCAGAUGCUAG